AUGGAACGACUACAGAGAUUGAUGAUGAAUAGUAAGGUGGGAUCCGCGGACACCGGACGUGACGAUACGAAGGAAACCGUUUAUAUUUCUUCGAUCGCGCUUUUAAAGAUGCUGAAGCAUGGUAGAGCUGGUGUUCCCAUGGAAGUCAUGGGGUUGAUGUUAGGUGAGUUUGUUGACGAUUAUACGGUCAACGUUGUGGACGUGUUUGCGAUGCCUCAAUCGGGUACCGGUGUUUCUGUUGAGGCUGUGGAUGAUGUUUUCCAAGCUAAGAUGAUGGAUAUGUUAAAGCAAACUGGCAGAGACCAAAUGGUUGUUGGAUGGUACCAUUCCCAUCCCGGGUUCGGCUGUUGGCUAUCCUCUGUGGAUGUUAACACUCAAAAAUCUUUUGAACAAUUAAACAGCAGAGCUGUUGCUGUUGUUGUUGACCCUAUCCAAUCCGUUAAGGGAAAAGUUGUCAUUGAUGCUUUUAGGUUGAUUGACACGGGCGCAUUGAUAAAUAACUUAGAGCCUAGACAAACAACCUCGAACACGGGUUUGUUGAACAAGGCCAAUAUUCAAGCCUUAAUUCAUGGUCUGAAUAGACAUUACUAUUCUUUAAAUAUUGAUUACCAUAAGACCGUGCAAGAAACCAAGAUGCUAAUGAACUUACAUAAAGAGCAAUGGCAAUCGGGUCUUAAGAUGUACGAUUACGAAGAAAAGGAAGAAUCAAAUUUGGCCGCUACAAAGAGUAUGGUUAAGAUUGCCGAACAGUACUCAAAGAGAAUAGAAGAAGAAAAGGAAUUGACCGAAGAGGAACUGAAGACAAGAUACGUUGGUAGACAGGAUCCAAAGAAGCACCUUUCUGAAACAGCAGAUGAGACGCUGGAAAAUAAUAUUGUUUCCGUGCUGACGGCGGGUGUUAAUUCAGUGGCAAUUAAAUAA